AUGGAGGCAAUUGACGCGUCUGGAGGGCUGGAUGGCUCGAUGUCAACGGAUAACGCACUCGUCGUGGAUGCUCGGGACGUGGAUACGGAUACACACAAGGCAACCGAGACAGUCGCCUCGAUGGAAACGUCGGAAUUGGACUCCGACACGUUCCUGGAUAGCACUCCGAGCCACCUCAACAGUACGAACACUAGCAACAGCAGCACUGGUGUUGAUUUCGAGUCAUCCGCAACUACUGCUUUGCAGGAAGCAGUGAAAGUUGAAUCCGAGACAAACGUAGAGGCCGACGACGAGACCGUUGACGCUCCAUCCAUCCAACAUAUCGUGUCCAACGAAACGCCCACGAGCGACACUGAAGGACUGGAUUCCAGCGACAUUACAAUCGUGACAAACAGUACUACAGAAACUUUCACCUCUAUCAAUCGUACUGAUCCGACGAGUCCCCAUCCUCCCGAUGCUAUAACACGGGAAACCCUGCUAUCUCACGCGACGACCACCAGUAGCAGCACCAACGAAGAAAGCUCUCUGCGGGUGGAAACUUCCCUCGAUACCGCCACCACUCCUACAAAUCCCAUGGAAGUCCAAACGAAACAACCGCAAAAAAAGGCGGAGGAUGAAGAGGACGACGACGUGUCAAGUAAAGCGGCAGUGGCUUUGGCUGCGGUGGCGGCCGCCGCCACGGCCAAUCACAAGAGCCCCGCCGAAGCCGCCAAAGAAGCUCGGGCAGCCGCGCAAUCCUUCAUUAAGCCCGCCGAUCAUCACCAUGGGCAUUCGGUCUCAUCGGUCAAGCGCACUAUCCAAACGGUGCCGCUCGCGACCGUACAGACCCAUUUGCGGGCCAAGGCACUCGAAACCGGCUCUGUUGUCGCCGAUAAAUUGUGCCAAGGAGAAAACGAUGCCUUUUUGCAGUAUUUGCUCCUUCUCGAAUACUUCCGAGCGACGGUUGUCCAUGAAGACGAUGAUCCGGAUCACCUGUCCAUUGGCUCCAACCAUAGCCAGCACGAACUGGAGCAAGCCGCGAGAGCAGCUGAAGCCUGUGACAAGGUGUUGACCCUGCUGAAAAAAAUUGAUCUCGCUUACGACAGCCUGGUCAAUAUGCUACCUGCGGAAGUGGAACGACUCCAGCAGCCAAGCUUUGACGAGGAUUCCAGCGACUACGAUCAAGACUACGAGACGCCAGUGGUCAUUCCGGAUUUACUGCCCCCCUGUACCUUUCCUGGCGGUGACAAGACCGUCGCAUUUUUUAAAGCGUGUAUGGGUACCGAAGGAGAAGCCCCUGCCAUUGCCAGCGACGACACAAGCCUGGAGGAGGUGCGCGAACAAGCAAAUUCAAUAGACGGUAAUGAUUCUUUGGAUCAGCCAUCGACACCUACUUCCAAAGGCAACGCUUCCCUCAUACCGCCUGCGUCUCCCAAACAUCCCAUUGCGUCUAACACCAACGUUUUUUCCAUGUUUCGCCGAAACACCACGCCAUCCAAGGGUAUAUUGGGCUCUUUGCGGCGUCGGACGGGUAACGCGAGCACGACCGCUCGGGAUACGGAUUCGAGUCUGCGGGUUUCGGAAACUACGGAAUCUACCCAGGCUCCAUCCUGCCGACCGGGGGAGUAUGUCGUCAAGAUUGAACGGGAAAUGCUGGGUUUGACGGUUGAAAAUGUACUGGAACGUACCGUCGUGCGCACCGUCCUGGCGAGCGGACCCGCCAAGAAGGCUGGCGCCAAAAUUGGAUCCCUCAUUGUGAAGGUGGGGAAUGUGGAAACAAAAAAUUUGACGCAUUUUGAAACGAUUGACGAGCUCCGCCAAAGUCAGCGGCCGCUGCAGCUGGUCCUUCGUGAAGUGAGCGAAGAUGCGUUGCGUUUGGCGCGUGAAGAAAUGGGACGGCUCAUUCGUGGGUCGGGAUUUGGCACUAUAAUGGACGGAAACCGUGCUGCCGAGGAUGGGGAGCAGGAGGUGGAGGUGGAAAUUUCUCGUCCGUUGAUUGAAGCCGAUUUGCGCAUCGAUGCGUACACAAACUUGAUAAGACGACGCAUCGCAGAAGUUGCCCCGCAAGCACGCAACAAAAAGGAAGAAGCUCUUGCCCGAGUAGGAGAGAAAAUGGUGUGGCUCUUGACACUCUUCGUAAUUGGCUUUGAGCGUGAGGCUGCAGGGCGUUACGAUAUUACGUCAGCCGAGAACAACGAGCCGUCUCCUGUCCCACGACGGAGUUUGCAUGGUGUGCAUGCACACUCGGCGAAAGAGUAUGGUGACGCAGCAAAAAGUGUAUCCAAGGUCCUCUUGGAUUAUUCGCAGAGGAAGCUGGACCCUCAACCAGUCGCGCAACGGACUCGGUCGGCGGACUUUAUCCAACACAGCCUUGAGACCACGGGAGGCAAUCGUAGAGGGCGAAAAAUCCCACCGUCUCCAAUCCAACCACAGCGAGGUACGACGAGUGUAAGGGCAGUACCAGGCGCUGCCCAACAAGAUGGGAGCAGUUUGGGACAUGACAAGCCUCUCUUACAAAUCGGGGACGUUCUGCAACGCACUCGGACGUUUUUGACCGACACAACUUCUCCACCGGCUGCCCUUUUACGCGGAGAGCUUAUUGCUUUUUUAUGCGAUGUUCUAGACAUUGAUACGGACAUGGAGCUUUCGGAAGAAGAUUCCGUUUCUGCAACUGCCGGUGCGCAAGCCGGUCCCAUCAAUGAUUUAGGUAGUGCCGGAAGUUUGUUGAAACUAAUUAUACUGAACUGUCCAAUCAUGCGCAGUCCGGGUUGCGAAGCCGCCUCAUCUCACGAGGACGUUUUGGACCCUGAGUUUGAAGAAGAAAUGCGUCGUCGCUUUGGUCUGAAAGAGUACCUAUCGGCGGUCGAUCGCCACAAGCUUCAUGCCGGAAAUCGUUUCCUCGCGGUAGUCCAUCGUCUCGCCGCCAGUCGAAGCAUGAGCGCAAGGAUAACUGCUUGUUCCCUUGGCCCAGUCAUCUGGGGACAUCUAGAUUUCCCGCAUCAGCUACAGUUGCGCGGAGUUGUUACCAGAGCACUACACGAUGUGGAAGUUAUUGUUCGGAAGGCCACGGCCACGGUUCUACACGAGGUUGCCGAGCUUGUCUUUGAUUCACGGUGUGUUCCAUGGUUGGUUUUGAUGUGCGAACGAGCCAUGACGGAUCCGGAACCACAGCUCCGGUCUGCUGCCAUGACUCUGACUUGGCAUUUGGCUGAGCAUCUUCCGAACGCGUUCCUCGGAGACGCCAGUCAAGGGAGUGCAUAUCUUCGUCGGCUGCCAGACCGUAAUGACCCUAUUUUUGCCGAUGUGUACUUACUACAGUGCAAGCUGCUUCCGGUUGCCACUCGGCUAGCAGAAGAUCGGUCACCAUCGGUACGCCUUGCAGUUGCUGCACAAUGCGACAGGCUAUGCUAUGCUCUCGGUGACCACUGGUCUAGUGUCGUCAUCGACGUCUUACUCGCUAUGCUGUCGGAUGCCGAUGAAAGAGUCAGAUGUGAAGCCGUCUUGUGCGUUCCAAGACUUGCUGACAUUGUUCUGCUCUCAACGUCUCCUGGAGAAACUGCUGUCAGCGAAGUGAGCAUUUUGGAAGCUCUCUUACCAGCAGCAAUAAAGCUUCAAAAGGAUCCCAGUCCAUCGGUCAGAAUUUCUUUGGCAGCAGCUGCUGGCGAUUUGUUGACAUUGCUCGUUGCUAUGCAACGGAGAUCGGACGAAUCGUCAGGCUCAUCAGUCGAGUCACCAGCACCGAGUGAUAAAUCCGUUGAUAUCGAAGUUGGCAGAAAGUACAGGAGGCAGGUUGAUGACAGAUUGAUUCCUCUCGUGCAACAACUACUGAACGAUUCGGAUCCUGAAGUAACAAGCGCUGCGCUAAGAGCGGUUACAAACGCGUCGCGCAAAUCAAUUCCACCUUCCUCCCCUAGAAAUCGUCAAAUGUCCGUUGCAUCGGAGGAUGAUUCUUUGUCUAUAACAUCGUAUCAAUCCCAAACCAGCCGCGACACGAGACAGCCAAUGAUUCUCCCAGUGCUGUCCGAAGUUCAAGUGCUUAGACUUUUACCAACCUUGACUGAUUUGGCAAACAGUAGACAAUGGCGAGUCAGACAAAGCGCCGUGGAAAUUGUUCCGGCACUUCUCGGAUGCACACAAAAGUUGGAAACUCGAUCCGAAAUCUCAAAGCUUUGCGUUCGGCUUAUGUCCGAUUCUGUUGAUGCCGUCCGUAAAACUGCAGCAGAAUGCCUUUGUAUGGGUGGUAGCAGUCUCGGUAGUCACGGCGAAGAUGCUAGUGCCGAGUGGGCGACGUCCAUUGUUAUCCCAGCAAUUCGGAGGUGUGCCAUCCAUUCGUUUUCAAAACAGAGGCUUCUCAGUCUUAAGAUGAUUGAAGUAGUUCUUCUUAAUGGCGCUUGCCCAAGCAAAUGGAAAGGAAGCGAAACAGACCAAGAAAGAUUGACUGACUCUCCGAUGCGAGAGCUCGCGGCAAUCGCUCUUUCGUUGACAUCUGACCGAAUAGCAAAUGUUCGGUUGAAUGUUGGCAGGAUAUUAGAGGCUGUACUGCAUGAUUUUGAAGAUGCCGAGCUGUCGUUUAUUAGAGAAGUGCUUUUGCAGCAAAUGGAAGAGGAAAAGGAGAGAGAAGGAGGAGGAGAUCGCGAUGUGUUAUUCUUCGCGAAGCGUUGCGUUGACCGAGCGUCUACCAUUAUCGAAGAGACUUCUAGUGCUACUUCACUGGUAUAACCGAGAGAUACCGAUAAACAAGGAUUAAAGA